CCAGUUUACUCUAUCCGGAAUAAAGCUACACUAAUUCCCACAGCCAAACGCUAAAACCCCUGACUGCGUGAGAGGACAGAGAAUCACAGAGCUCGGGUUUUAAUGGCGAAUUUGGGGGUUUUCCACGUCGGUUCUUCAGGAUCUUCCUCAUUUCCAUUUUUUGGGGUUUGAUGUGGAGCAGAACUGUAUCGAGCUUGGUGCAGAACAUUCGGCGGCGUCUUUCUACUGCUGUACGGCGUCGUAUCGAGGAUGAAGGAGACUGGUUUUACUCGUCCGAAUGGUGGGGUUCGGAAUCCGCCAGCAAUACGAUUCUCCGAUCGAUUUCCGACAAAGGGAACGGCGUCGUAUCCGUCGUAGCUUACCCUUCAUCCAGGCCGAGCGAGGUUUAUUGGCCAGCGACGGAGAGAUGGCUACAGAAGAGGUUUGAAGAAACCCAUCCGGGUCAACAACAAAAGGAUCGGUUUAUGAUACUUGGAUAUCAAUGGCGGGUGCUCCGUUUCAAUGAUAACACUCGCCAAAGCACUGCCAAAAUAUUGGCUGCUUAUCAAGAAUCGGAACCCGGUUCCGUCUGCAUUAUGCAACAACCACAUUGUUUGGCUGUUCCAUAUCUCAAGAGCAUGGUGUCAGUUGGACUCGCUACGAUAGCAUCUUGCAACUUUGAUCUCACAAAUGCUGUGAAUGGGAAGAAAAAUAUGCGGAUCUUAUGCAUUGGCCAUGGUGGUGGAAGUUUACCAUUAUUUUUGGCUAGUAAAAUACAAGGUGCUACAAUUCACAUAGUUGAAAUUGAUCCUCUCGUUAUCUCAGCCUCUAUCCAUGCUAUGGGGUUUCCAGCUUUCUCAGUCAUGACUCAAUCAGGUGAACGGGCCUUUUCUAAACCUGAUACCACUGAUGAAGUUCUAUGGAAAGGCAUCCAUGAGAGGCUUUUACUUUACGAAUCAGACGCUGAAAAGUUCAUUCUCAACUCCAACAGUGUAUAUGAUAUGAUCUUCAUUGAUGCUUAUGAUGGCGACGACAUCUUCCCUCGCACAUUAUGGGAUCCAAACUCCCCAUUUCUAAAAGCUCUCGGCAAUCAGCUUCACCCAGAACAUGGCACCGUUGUGGUGAACCUUCACUCAGAUUCUGAACUCUUGAACCCUGAUGGUUCCAUUCCAUCUGUUCUUGACCAUAUUCUGCCAAUGGGAAAGUACGUGUCACAAGUUGGCCGAGCAUACAAAGAUGUAAUAGUGGGAAGUGCCAUUUCUUGUGGAGGUAAAGAUUCUGGUUUGGGAUUUACUGUUUCAGUUCCGUGGGUGUGCAAUACGUCUCUGGUCGUGUGCAGAGGUUUUGGUACAAAGAGCUGGAAUUAUAGCAAGGAUAUGAUCUUGAACACACUCAUAUCCAAAUCUUUAGAAGUAGAACGUGUACUAAACUUGCCAUUCUCAUGUUUGCAGUAUAUAAAGAGAGGUUUUAUACUUGUUGAUUGAUCUCGGCAAGAAUACCCGAUUUGCCAAGU